AUGGGCUCCCGACUUGAUGCAACAUCUAGCGCUGUGCGCAAGCGCAUCGAAAACCGCUCUUAUCCGCUUUCAUCCAGUACUGAGGAUCCACAUUCUAAGCUGAACUCGGAUAUAGAUGAUUUUCACGAUGAGGCGGGCGAAGAGUAUGAAGCCUCCAGCUUUGGCGGCUUUGGAGAUUAUAUGCGACGCAAGAAAAUCAAGUUACAGAAUCUAGAUGCAGACAUUCGAGCCUCGUCCGGAGACUGUCCACCGAUAUUUCGCGGAGUCGUCGCGCAUGUCAACGGCUACACGCAGCCGUCCCUACAAGACCUCCACCGCCUCAUUGUCAGCCAUGGCGGUGGGUUCCUUCAAUACUUGGAUGGCAAGACCGUCGCAACUCAUAUCAUCGCGAGCUCUUUGACCCCAAAGAAAUAUGAGGAAUUUCGGCGAUACCGCAUCGUGAAGCCCGCAUGGGUCACGGAGAGUAUUAAAGCUACUCGAUUACUACCUUGGCACGAAUUUCGUGUCGUAGAUGAGGGCCACUCGCAGAAGGUCCUCAAGUUUGACGAUGGUCGCUUUACCAGUCAAACGAACACCCCUCGGGUUGGGUAUCGAGACCAAUCAAACUCGAGCUGGUACAAUUCUCAGCUCAAAGCUAUGACACCAACUGAGAGAAACCCUGUCACCUCUACAAGUGCGCCUCGAACGCCUCCCAGUACAACCCGUUCAGCACCAAUACCCGGAGCGUCUCCUAAACUGCCGUCUCAACCUUCUCAAUCCGACUAUGGAGACUUUCCUAGCUUCGCUGCUUUAGAAGACGAUGCAGAGGAGCAACCAGCAGCGGAGGAGCCGCAACACAAGCAAACUACACCGGUCAAACCUACUAUGCCAACAUCUGUCAAUACCACGCCGAGCGAUACGGGUAGCCGGACACCUCGACAGCUGCAAAAUGCGCAAAUGAUCUCGCCCACGAAGCAAACGAGUCCUUCAAAUCCUCAAAUGACCUCUGAGGAAUAUAAUGCACAACUUUUGUCUGACCCUCGAAUGAAGAAGUCCAGUGUGGUCAACCCGGAAUUCCUUCAGCAAUACUACAGAGAAUCUCGGCUCCAUCACUUGUCAACCUGGAAAGCCGAUCUUAAAGCCCAGCUUCAGGCUGCAACAAGGGAAAAGGCGAUAUCCGGUACUUGUCAAAAGAGGUCUGCUCCAGGAGCCAGAAGAUAUAUUCUUCAUGUCGACUUUGACUCCUUCUUUGCCGCCGUUUCCAUUCUCAAGCAUCCUGAGCUUCGCGAGAAGCCUGUUGCCAUCGCACAUGGCUCUGGAUCUGGCUCCGAGAUCGCAAGUUGUAACUAUGUUGCACGUGGACGUGGAGUUAAGAAUGGCAUGUGGAUGAAGGGGGCCAUGCAAGCAUGUCCAGAGCUUCAGGUGUUGCCCUACGAUUUCCCAGCCUAUGAGGAUGCCAGUCGGAAAUUCUAUAGCUCGGUGCUCUCCAUUGACGGCAUUGUGCAGAGCGUAAGCAUUGAUGAGGCUCUGAUUGAUGUUUCCAAUCAGUGCUUGGAAGCUGGGGGAUCUGACGGCAAAGGUGUCUCGGAGGGAUCAAUCUACCGCGAACAAGCCAAGGCCGAUGAAAUAGCGCAAGGCUUGCGUGAUUCUAUCAAGGAGAAAACUGGAUGCGCGGUGUCGGUGGGGAUCGGUGGCAACAUCUUGCUCGCUAAAGUGGCAUUGCGAAAGGCAAAACCUGCCGGACAAUUCCAUCUGAAACUCGAUGCUAUUUUGGAUUUUAUUGGAAACCUUACCGUCCAGGAUUUACCCGGCGUUGGGUAUAGUCUUGGGUCGAAACUGGAAGAGCUUGGUGUGAAGUUCGUCAAAGACGCGAGGGAAAUUACCAAGGAGAGAUUGUGCGCCAGUCUGGGGCCAAAAACCGGAACAAAGAUAUGGGAGUAUGCGCGAGGCAUUGACAAAACAGAGGUUGGCAAUGAAGUGGUCAGGAAAUCCGUGUCGGCAGAGGUCAAUUGGGGAAUUCGAUUUGUCAAUCAAGAUCAGGCAGAGGAUUUCGUCAAAUCACUCUGCGAGGAACUGGGCCGCAGAUUAGUCGAGAACCUGGUCAAAGGCAAGCAACUCACACUGAAAGUUAUGCGAAGGUCGAUGGAUGCGCCGCUGGAGCCAGUCAAACAUCUCGGUCACGGCAAAUGCGAUGUCUUUAACAAGAGUGUUGUGAUUGGGGUGGCCACGAAUGCACCCGAUAUCUUGGGCAAAGAAGCCGUGUCGAUGCUAAGAAGUUUCAACUUCUCCCCCGGUGAUCUCAGAGGCCUUGGCGUUCAGAUGACGAAGCUCGAGCCGCUGAAGGCUGGUCCCUCAGCCACCGUCGAGGGCAGUCAGCGGCAACUCAACUUCUUGAAACCGCCGUCGCGCAAGAGUGUCGCCGCCAAUGUCGACCCCGAUGAACUGGAAAGCCCGCGUAAAGGCGAUUCAGUUCGGAUUCAGGUCGAUCCGGUUCUCAGUAAUAGCGCUCACAAGCCGCUAAACAUAUCCGGGUCGCAGUUCAUCAUGCCCACUCAGGUCAAGGCUUGUGGCUCAGGCAAAGCCUCGACAAGAACCGCCUCCAUCGGGGUCCCCGUGUCCGCCACCGCGCCAUCGUGUAGUCGAGCCUACUGCUGCAGCCCCCUCCCACCUCAGUCUCAAUUGGACCCUGAGACACUGGCUGCGUUGCCCGAGGACGUUCGAAAUGAGGUCCUUGGUUACUAUAACCAGCAGUCUACCACUGUCCCUGAUCCUCCACCCGCUGCUCCUUCUGUCCCUUCUCUUCCUUCUGUACCUCAGGCUGGGUCGUUGAAGCUCAAGAGACCAACGUCACCACCAAAGAAAAGGCGUGGCCGUCCGCCAAAAUCAGCCUCUAGUAGCAAUAAGUCUCUGACCCAAACAAACUUUGCUUUCCCUCGACCUUCAACCGCCUCUGGCGUCAUAGCCACAUCGAAUCGAGACUCGGUGUCUCGCCAACAGUCACCAGCAGUUGAAGAAGAACCGGAAGUAUCUGCUGAGUUCCUCGCUGCACUGCCGGAGGAUAUCCGACAGGAGGUUCUCGAGGAGCAAAGACGUGCUCGUCUUCAACGAGCUCGCGCCUCUGCUACGACUGCCUCGAGGCCAGUAUCCCAGCCACAAGCUUCCACAUCAGCUUCUGUUAACGCGCCUCCACCCGUCGAGAAAACCCUACCUCUCCCGCCUCUCCCGGAGCGACCUGUGUUCACCUCACGGCGCCUGUCAGGCUUGCCGGAUCUUCGUGACGCCGUGGGUGCAUGGCAUUCCGCUUUCGCGGCCGAUGGUCCCUACGGUGAGGACGUAGAAGUACUAUGUGUCUAUCUCAGACGUGUCAUUGCCGAGGAGAAGGAUAUUGAUAAAGCCGUCUCUGUGGUGCGUUGGCUAAUGUGGCUAGUAAGUGAAGAUUCACUUUCCCGGGACGGAGUGGAGAACCAGACUCCGCCGUCUGGACAGAGUGAACAGGGUGUCGUGACUUGGCAAAAGGCAAUUGGAGAGAUGCAACAAAGUGUACAGACUGCAUUGGAGGUGAGGAGUCUUCCUCCGGUGGACUUUGACUAG